AGCUAUAGACACAUUACUUAACAUACCUACAUACCUCACCCCAUGCCCCUUUACCCAUGAUGUUCAAUUUCUGGGACUCUUAUGUCGUCUGCCUUUCCUUCCAAAUCACCUACCUUUAAAGCUAUCAGCACUAUAUUCUAUCACGGAAGUGUACCGGUCAGCGUUAAAGGUGUCUGCUCAGAAGCAAACGAUGGAUGAACAGAGUAUCGAAUGCGAAGCAGGAUGCAUCGACAUAGAGGAGUUUUGCGGCCGCCUGGCGGAGAGCCUACUAUUAUGCCAUUCCGUCGAACCACCCCCCGAUCACAUCCGAAAGGAUUACCAUCCCGCUGACGAAUGCACAUGCUUCAAGACCGAGUUCACAGUCCAUAUAACCUCCAAGAGUCCGGGCAUAUUGUUCCUAAUGCCCAAUGCCAUUAUGAAAUUCCAGCCGGCGUUCCCGCCAAGCAGCCAAGCCGCCAGCCUUUCUUACCUGAAUGAGCGCACACGCAUCCCGAUUCCUACCGUCUUCCACGAGUGCAUCGAGCACCGCCAUCCUUUCCUCGUCACCUCCCGCACCCACGGCCAGGACUUGAGGAGCGCGUGGUCUGCACUCUCGGGCGACGCCAAGAAGCGCAUCGCGAUGCAAGCAGCCGCACAUCUCAGCGACAUGCGCAGCCUGACGUCCGACCGCAUCGAGGCCGUAGGCCACCUCCCGCUCCACGAGCGCGCGCUCUUCGGCGCCGCGGGCCAGAAGCCGCUGUCGUCGGACGACGAACUGUGGGACCGCCUCCGACAGCCCCUGGCGUCGGAAGAUGUUGACGAGGACACGCUAGCGCUGCUGCGCGGGAAGAUGCCCCGCGGAACCCCCUACACGUUCACGCACUGCGAUCUCACGUUCUCGAAUAUCAUGGUCAAGGACGGCAGCUUCGCGGGCUUCAUCGACUUCGAGCGCGCGGGGUUCUUCCCCGUCUGGUACGAGUAUGUGAUGUGUCGCCAUGGGAUCGACGAGGAGGAUGUGGAGUGGAAGAAGCUGCUGUCGGGGCAGAUGGUGGAUCAGCAUCCGAAGGCGAUGAAUUGGUUUCUGGCGCUGAAGGGUCUGGGUGUCGAGCCGCAUGGGGGGGAGACGGAGAGGUGGGUGAAGGCUGUGAGGGAUGGGAGUGAGGAGUGUCCGGUGAUGAUGCGGGAUUGGUAGGUAGGUUGGAGUCGGACUGUGGUUGUGGCUGGGGCUGUUGGGGUUAUGGAUGUGGAAGGUAGAUGGAUAUUGAAUAUGCAAGUAUUACUAGAGUGGUGUUACGUGUACUUUACCAUAUAGAGCACCUAAAAUCGGCUUUCCGCCUAUCCUACUACCCUACCAAUAUCACGCACUGAUACUUG